CCGACCCGACCAACUUCAAUCACAAUGGCGCCAAAUCCUCGCCGCUUUCCGCUACUCUCCGCCUCUCUCUUCCUCCUCCUCCUCCUCCUCCCCCGCCUCUCCUCCGCUUCCCCCCACAACUACCACGACGCUCUCCGCAAGAGCCUCCUCUUCUUCGAAGGCCAGCGCUCCGGCAGACUCCCCCCCGACCAGCGCCUCCGCUGGCGCCAGGACUCCGCCCUCCACGACGGCGCCUCCGCCGGCGUCGAUUUGACCGGAGGCUACUACGACGCCGGCGACAACGUGAAGUUCGGUUUCCCGAUGGCGUUCACCACCACAUUGCUGGCGUGGAGCGUCAUCGAUUUCGGCAGAAUCAUGGGGAGCGAGCUCGGAAAUGCGAUUAAGGCGGUGAAAUGGGGAACGGAUUAUCUGUUGAAAGCAACGGCGCACGAAGGUGUCGUGUACGUGCAGGUAGGGGAUCCGUUAUCCGACCAUAACUGCUGGGAGAGGCCGGAGGAUAUGGAUACUCUGCGAACGGCGUAUAAGAUCGACGCGAAUCACCCUGGAUCUGACGUGGCAGGGGAGACCGCAGCCGCUCUCGCCGCGGCGUCGAUUGUUUUCCGAUCGCGCGAUCCGGCUUACUCGAGGCUGCUGCUCAGCCGUGCGAUCAAAGUGUUCGAGUUCGCAGACAGGCACCGUGGCGCGUACAGUUCGAGCCUAAGGCGCGCAGUGUGCCCGUUUUACUGCGACGUGAACGGCUACCAGGACGAGCUCCUCUGGGGCGCGGCAUGGCUGCACAAGGCCUCCCGGAGGAGAGUGUACCGUGAGUACAUAGUUCGGAACGAGGUCGUGUUAAGAGCCGGGGAUACCAUCAACGAGUUCGGUUGGGACAACAAGCACGCCGGCAUCAACAUCCUCCUUUCCAAGGAAGUACUAAUGGGAAGAGCCAAUGAUCUCAGAUCAUUCCAGGUGAAUGCAGAUGGCUUCAUUUGCUCAAUACUACCUGGCAUAUCCAAUCCUCAAAUUCAGUAUUCACCAGGUGGGCUGAUAUACAAGUCAGGGAGUAGUAACAUGCAGCAUGUCACAUCCUUUUCAUUUCUGCUUUUGGCUUACUCGAAUUAUCUCAGCCACGCCAAUCACGCAGUGACAUGUCCCCACACCACUGCCUCCCCUGCUCUGCUCAAACGAUUGGCCAAGCGUCAGGUGGACUACAUUCUUGGGGAUAAUCCGAUGGGAAUGUCGUAUAUGGUGGGGUACGGGAGGCGUUAUCCGGAGAGGAUCCACCACCGGGGGAGCUCACUCCCCUCGGUGCACGCCCACCCGGCCCACAUUGCGUGCAAGGAAGGGUCGCGAUACUACUUGAGCCCAAAUCCAAACCCGAACAUAUUGGUUGGUGCGGUGGUUGGGGGGCCUAACAGCACGGACGCCUUCCCUGACUCGAGGCCUUUCUUUCAGGAGUCCGAGCCAACGACCUAUAUCAACGCGCCAUUGGUCGGCCUUCUGGCUUACUUUGCGGCACAUUCAUGAAUCAUGACCACAAUUUGAAGCAAGAGUGGUUGGCAAAGCUCACCCUCUCUCUAAUCCAUAUUUUUAACCUUAAAUCAAGCCAUCUAUGAUCUAUAUAUCCUUAUUAAUUCUAUCUCCAUAGGCUUAUUUUUUCCAAAGCAACUAUUAAUAUCUCAAUCCACAUCUUUGGUAUUGUGUUUGUGUCUGUGGUUAAGAGUUGUCUCCUCAUUCCCCAGACGACAAAAUAUUGUGUUAAAUAUAAUAUCGCCUUAUUAUA